AUGCUCGAAAGGAUCGAGCUCAAAGGCCAGGCGACGGGAUAUAUUACACGCAUGAGAAGAAGCCCCGUCCCUGUCAACGUAGUAAGCCUUGUCACACCUCUUCCCAUCCGAUACCCUCUGGUAACACCUGGACUAGUGCAGCAUGCAGGAAUCGACUCGCAGACUUCACCCGACUGGCCGCCCCAGGGCCGGGCGGAGAUGUCUGGAUCAACCCUGUACACCCUAAACGCGGCAUGGAUCAACAAGAAGGUUCCUGGGGGAUGUAGCAUCCUGGGCUCAGGCUGGGCUGCAAGCAUCAAGUCCCCUGUCUUGAGUCUACAAAUCAGCGCCCCGGACUUUACAGAUUUAUGA